AUGGUCCAGAAGGUCAGAGUCAAGACCAUGUUGUACAGAUGGGGCGCCCAGAGAUCGGUGUGGGGUGAUGGGGUCUAUACCAGCGAAGUCAAUAAAGAGUUGAUCUUGACGGGUUCGGUGAUUUCCUGGUUCGCCCCACCUGCCGGCUUAUCUCAGCAGCUUAUCUCAGCUCUCCCACCGCACGUGACUUGGGUGAACGAGACCCACAACGUGACUUGCACACACGUGACUAGGCCUAGAUCAGCCUCGGCAGACCCGCCGCCGAACCCCAACAUUUCCAGUGAACUAGUCCUACUUCGUACUGAGUAA